AUGCGCACUCGCGUCCUCACCAGACAGCUCGCUGAUUGCCUCUGGUUCCCUCGCUCGAUCAUCUUAUGGAACGUAGUUGCAGGCGAGAAGACUGUCGCGCUGAACAAUCACGACGGCUUCAUUGACACGCUUGCGUUCUCUCCGGGUGGCAAGAAACUCGCAUCCGGGUCAGUCGACUUCACAGUGCGGGGAUGGGACGUGGAGAGUGGCCGGCAGCAAUUUCUGCUCACGGCCCUCGUCAUGGUUGUCACGUUCUCUCCCGACGGCACACAGCUCGCUUCCGGGAGUGCCGACUGCGACACGCGUGUGUGGGAUGCUGAGACUGGCAUGGUGAUAUCUGUUCUCAAGGGCCGUCAGGGUGUGGUCUACUCUGUCCGGUUCAGGUGUCAAUCGCUUGUGAGCAUAGCUAUUCAGAUCAAUCGAUGA